CCAGCACUCUACCCCAACCAAUGGAUGAUUGUGGACUACAACCUCUUCUCCCCGGGGAUGUCUAAGCUGAAGCCUAACACACUCACUGUCACUGAGCAGCUACCAGACCGUAUGGUGACGGGGGACGGGACCUCUCGCCUGAGCGAGAACGGUUUCUGGCCCUCGUACAACAUACCGUACUUUAAGGAGGUCUGGAAACUGUCGGGCUAUCCAGCCAAGUAUAUGAAACUAGGCGACGAAUUCUCGUACGACCAAUGUCCACGGGCUAAGAUCUUCAAGCGAGAAGCGCCCAAGGUCAACUCCAUGGACGACGCCAAACGACUCAUCCGCUACAACCACUGGCAAGACGAUCCCCUCUCUCUCAAAGACGCGAGAAACUCUAUUGCUUCGCGCUAUGAUCUGUCGCCCAAGAACCCAUCGGCGUUCGGGGCCGUGGAUGGUAAAAUCACUAACUGGGUUCAGAUGCGCAAACUCAAGGUGACCGCUGUGUGCGGCCCAACCAGUAACGAUCAGCCGGUAUUCCAAUGGUCUAAGAGCAAGUACAACAGCACAGCCCACGCCGGAGUACCCGACCGAUUCGACUUCCCUUGGGUCAAUAUGACGAUGAAGUUUAAAAAUUGAAAGUGGACUAAGUAACGUAGAUCGAGGACUACAUAGUGGCAGAGACGGAGAUUUAGUCCAAACCAAAUCCCUUGUCGAUGAGUCUGUAGUCCGAUAGUUUAGGUGCAAGUAUAACAGCAAAAAUAAAAAACACGAUGAGGUGUACGCCAGAGUCGCUUACCCUCGGGUCAAUGC